GGCACCGUUAUAAUCUUUUAUCAUGGUUCACUUUGCAAUGGUAAGUGAGUUCAAUGAAGAUUACGCGAUGAACAUCUUUUCCGCAUUGAAAAGCAAGUUCAAGGGGCGCGCACCGGAUAGCGCACGCGAACAUUCAUGCUCGCGGCGAAAUUAAACCAGAGCAUGUGAAGUGUCCGUCAAACUCCACCUUGAAAAUAAAGCGCAAUUCUUUCACGCGUGUGAGUCGACAGAUUAACAUCCACAGAUCAACACCACUGGGAAGACUGAAGGAAGCCGUACUGUGGAGUUGAACCUGUAACUAAGUACCUGGGGCGACCCCACAUGGUUUGGAAGGGUGUGGUCUUUGGUCAGUGACUGUACUAUCACCAGUGGGUGGAAUUGCCGCGGGCCUCUCCGUCUGUUCAGUGCCUCUGGGACAUCCUGAAUCCUGCUGGACCCCUCGACGACCCGUCUAUCCUCCCUCCUCCUCCCUCUGUCUCUCCUCCCCUCCCAGCCACUGGUUUAUUAUUCAACCUCUCUAAGGAGAGGAGCCCAGUAACCAGCAAGGAAGAACGGUGUCUUUUUGCCAAAUACAAAAGGAGAUAAGAGAGAGCGUAAAGAAGGGUAACAAAAAGGAGAGAAAGAGAGAGGGAAAAGGGCAAAGAACGGUGAGAGAAAAUGGACCAAGACCCGUGAGAUGCCUUGGAUGGAAAAACAGCACCAACUGCACUCCUGCAUCAUGACUUAAAACAGCCUGUAGAACCACAACAGCCGGCAACUGUGGACCAGACUGGGCCCACACACUCUAAAGCACACACUCACUACACACACUUACAGUGAGUUGGGUUGGUUUAACGUCUAUUUGGACCUGCUAUGCCAGUCUGAGGAGGAGUGUUCGCCAUGCCAGCCAAGGGGAAGUACCUGUUGAACGACCAGGAGCUGAAACAUGAGGCUCUGUACCGCAAGUUCUCCUGUAUCAGCCAGUUCCAGCCACUGGUGCUGCUGCUGGGCCUGUCCAUACUCUGCUGUGGAGUCCUCCUCAUCCUCUUCUUCGCCCUGCAGCUGAGUGCGGAGGAGCACUUUGCGUUUGUGAGCGUGGUGAGCUGCGGCCUGUGCGUGUUCCUGGCCGUCUUCGUGCUGGUGUGCACCGAGACGCUGACCCAGAGAUGGAGACGCCUGCUGGGCAUGGUGGUCUGGGUCACACACCUCACCAUGGGGUUCACCUUCAUCUUCAGCGGACCCCUCAUCCUGCCCUGGGACCAGGUUCCGUUCUUCCUCUUCAUCAUCUUCACGGUCUACACCAUGCUGCCUUUCCCCAUGUCCAACGCUGUUCUUCUCAGCAUCAUCACCUCGCUGGCCCACAUCCUGGUCCUGACGUUGCGGCUCACCGUUUUCACCACACACAUCCCCCCUCACCUAGCCAGCCAGCUCCUGUCCAAUGCGGUGGUGUUCCUGUGUGGUAGCGUGGUGGGGGCUUUCCACAAGGUCCUGAUGGAGAGAACCCUGAGGCAGACCUUCCAGGACACCCUGCGCUGCCUGGGGAUCCGCAUGAAGCUGGAGAUUGAGAAGAGACAGCAGGAGAACCUGCUGCAGUCGGUGCUGCCGGUCUACAUAUCUAUGAAGAUGAAGUUGGCCAUCAUGGAGCGUCUGCAGGAAUGUAAAGACAAGGAGGCGCAGCAGCGACUCGUAAAAGACAACAACUUCCACAGCCUCUAUGUCAAGAGGCACGAGAACGUGAGUAUCCUGUAUGCAGACAUCGUGGGCUUCACCCGAUUGGCCAGCGACUGCUCUCCCAAGGAACUAGUCGUUAUGCUCAAUGAACUGUUUGGGAAGUUUGACCAAAUUGCCAAGGAGAACGAGUGCAUGAGAAUCAAGAUUCUGGGAGACUGCUACUACUGUGUGUCUGGCCUCCCUGUCUCUCUGCCCAACCACGCUAAGAACUGCGUCAAGAUGGGCUUGGAUAUGUGCGAGGCCAUCAAACAGGUGCGCGAGGCCACAGGUGUGGACAUCAACAUGAGAGUGGGCGUACAUUCCGGCAACGUGCUCUGUGGCGUGAUUGGUCUUCGGAAAUGGCAGUUUGACGUAUGGUCACAUGAUGUCACCCUGGCCAAUCACAUGGAAUCUGGAGGCUUACCUGGGCGUGUCCACAUCACAAAAGCCACCCUCAAGCACUUGAACAAGGCUUAUGAGGUGGAGGAAGGCAACGGGCAGCUGAGGGACACCUACCUGAAGGAGCUCAACAUCCAGACACACCUGGUCAUAGACCCACGAUCUAAGGACCAGCCCCUCAACAGCCGCAGCGUCCCUAAGCCCAGGGUAAAUGACGGUCUAAAGAUGCGAGCGUCGGUGCGCAUGACGCGCUACCUGGAGUCCUGGGGGGCCGUGAAGCCCUUCGCUCACCUGCAGAGCCGCGAGAGUUACACCACUGACGCCAUGGUCAACGGCAAGGCCCGCUGCAAGGACAUCCCCCUGCGCUCAGCCCCUUGUUCUAAGAUCCCUGAGAGCUUUGACGAGUCUGUAGAGGAGCCCUUCUCCUUGCCCGCUCCCCCCAGCACCCAUAAGAACAAAUCUCAGAAGAGCAAGUUUGACGAGGAGCUACACAAUGAGAUGACCACGACCAUCGACGAGCUCAGCAACAAGCAGUGGGUGAAGUCUGAGGAGAUCAGCAGCCUAGCUUUGUGGUUCCCAAAGAAAGAGCUAGAGAAGCAGUACCGCGCCAUAGACCUGCCGAUGUUCAAGCACUACAUCAGCUGUGCCACCUUCAUUUUCUUCUGCAUCUUCAUGGUUCAGAUGUUUGUCACUAAAGAUCCCAGAAGGCUGGGCAUUUCUUUUGGAGUGCUGGCCUGUGUCCUCCUGUUGACCCUGGGCAUCUGUUUUGCGGGUCAUCUACAGCGGUUGUUUCCAGAGAAGCUGUCUACCUGCCACUGGCUGUCUGCCGUGUCAGAAGCGGUGGUGAAGAAGCCAUGUGUGCGCCUCCCCCUGGCCACCAUCACCACUGCAGUCAUCGUCAUCCUCGCCGUCUUCAACCUGUGCUUCAUCCAGACAGAACCUGUGCAGUCUGUCUGUGACAUUCUGGAUAUGACCCGCUCCAAUGACUCGCACCUGCACGACCAGCACGGCGACCUCUUCUACCUGCCCUACUCUGUGUACAGCUGUAUCCUGGCACUCAUAGCUUGUGGGGUCUUCCUGAGGGUCAGCUUCGAGCUCAAGGUGUUCUUCCUCACAGUGGCCUCCACUGCCUACUACAUCCUAAUCCUCAGCUCCAGGAGUGAUCUGUUCAGUUCCUACGAGCAAAUCCUGUAUGCUCAGCUCAACGACAACUUGAACUGUAGCAGCUCUGGAGAUCUCAUACUGAAGAGACUGGGCCUCGUAAAGGACCCCAGGGUGAUGAGCUGCAUGUACAUCACUCUGUUCCUGGUCACCAUGUUCCUCAUCUCACAGCAGAACGAGUCCUGCUUCAGACAAGACUUCCUACUGAAGAACAAGAACCGUACAGAGCAGGACGAGAUUGAGACCCGGGAGAACCUUAACCGGCUGCUCCUGGAGAACGUGCUGCCCGCCCACGUGGCCGCCCUGUUUGUCGGGGAGAAUAAAAAGAACGAGGACCUGUACUACAAAUCCUACGACUGCGUGUGUGUAAUGUUCGCCUCGGUGCCCGACUUCAAAGAGUUCUACACAGAGUGUGACAUCAACAAGGAGGGCCUGGAGUGCCUGCGACUGCUCAACGAGAUCAUCGCCGACUUUGAUGAGCUGCUCUCUAAACCCAAGUUCAGUGGAGUGGAGAAGAUCAAGACUAUAGGCAGCACAUACAUGGCUGCUGCCGGUCUCAGUGGCACACCAGGACAGGAGAACAACCAGGACAGAGACAGGCAGCAGGCCCAGAUUGGAAACAUGGUGGAGUUUGCCAUCGCCCUCAUUGGCAAACUGGAUGGCAUCAACAGGCACUCCUUCAACAGCUUUCGUCUCCGUGUGGGGAUCAACCAUGGGCCUGUUAUAGCUGGGGUGAUUGGAGCCAGGAAACCUCAGUAUGACAUUUGGGGCAACACCGUCAACGUGGCCAGUAGGAUGGAGAGUACUGGAGAACUGGGCAAGAUCCAGGUUACAGAGGAAACAUCUGAUGUGCUGAAGAAGCUGGGCUACUCCUGCGAGUGCCGAGGCCUCAUCACUGUCAAGGGGAAGGGCGAGCUGAGGACCUUCUUUGUUUGCACGGACAUGAGCAAGCAGCAGGGCAUGGGCCUGAGCUGAGGCCAGCCUCAGUCACCACUGGCCCUGGAGGCUCCGGCUGGCCUGCUGUUGGGGAGGGGAGAGGAGCACAGGACAUGGGGCACCACACAUAGGCCCCCCUCCCUUCUCUCUACACAGAGGGUUCCAGAAACAUGGCCCUGGGGCAUUCAGCUUUUCUAGACCAUCAUCAGUGUUGCAGUGUCGCAUAUGACUGAAGAGAGGAUUGGAUUGAGAGGGCAAGAACUCAUUGUCACUCUUGUCCCUUUUGAGGGAUGAAAAUAGACUGUGUUCAAGCACUGAACUUGACAAGAGUUUGUCGGCCCCCUUUUGUCUGAGACUGGUUGGAUUCGUAUUCUGGUGGUGAUAAUGAAAUGCAUGAAAAGGGCAGAUGUAAAUAUUCCUUCCAGCUGAUGUUUUCUAAAAUAUAACUAGAUACUUUUGUUUAGUGAAAGGUCUCAUAAUAUUUCUUCUAUCCCCGUUCGGCUGUUGCCUGUGAUGCACAAAUGUAUAUGUACUAUAUUGAAGCCAAAUACUGUUUCAGCCAACUGAGUUUACUUGCCAUUCUCUGUUGAAUGAAUGAGACAGAAGCUGAAUAGAAUGUUGCUUUGUUCUGCCUGGUUGUUCAACCAGUCCUGUCACACAUGGGCGUAACAGAAGGAAGUACAAUAUUUAAACUUUGGUAUAAAUGUAAGAAACACAGUAUUUGAAAUUAACUUGAUUAUAACUAGCUGACCAGUAUGUCAAAGCUAGUGUUUUCUGAGUAGGCCUGUUUGUUACCUGUAUGAAUGUCUUAUGCUGCCUCUCCGCAUUUGCUGGGGAAUAACUAGCUGUAUUGACCAGAGCUGGGAUCAACUCAAGGUGUAAAUCACGUUUAGUUUUUUUUUUUUUUACCCAAACCCCCAAUACUGACUGUCUUGUAUCUUGUGUGUAAGCAGAACUGUCUACUCACUGAAUGCUCUCGUUCUUGCCGCUGUGUGCCUCUGAAAACUGUUGCUGUGGGGCCUUAUGUGUUUGACUGACUAAGGUGGGCUAUAAUAGAUUGGGUUGCUUUCCUGUGAAUUGUAUGCUGUCUCACCAAGGAACAAAGUUCACAUUUUGUACAGUAAUGGAAUGUUAUAAAUGGUUUUGCAAGUUUGA